CAGCAGCAUCAGUAUCAACAGCGCAGGAGAAAAGCCUUUGACCGAAAGAUCUUCUUCCCUGCGCUGCACUUUGGUCCCCUCCGCCAAUUAUUUUUGCCUUUAAAUGGCCAAUUCUUCGCUGUAACUUCGAUCCCAAUUUUCACCUUUUCUCACCAUUUUAGGAAUUUUGAUUUAAUCCACCUUUUUUUUUUUUACUCUGCAAACACUCCGCUCCUCGCACUCGAAUUUUCUUUUUUUCUCUUAAUUCGCAUUUCGUGUUCCUUUUUCUUUUUUUGACUUUUUGCCCUUUUCGGUUUUCGAUUCUGUGUACAUACACGACGUUCUGGACUUGCAGUGGAUUCGGACUUGGGACUUAGAGCUACUGAGCUUCGUUCAUUAGACAACUGACAUAACUGGAGACAAUUUGUAUGAAGAAAAGGCGAGUACAUGUAGAUUUUGAGCUGAAGGAAUAUAUGCUCAUGUUGCAUGGUAUGCCUAAAAUGUACUAGCAAUCCUGCAUAAGAAAAAAGGUGUCAUGGAUUCCGGGAAAGCAAUAGCUUCUGGAGUGACUGUUAUUGCACCAGGGGCUUCAUCCUCCUACCAUGUGGUUCCAAGGACUGAUAACAUGGGACAACAUGGAAUGCUGCCAAUGGAUUCACCUGCAGGUUCAGAGAGGAAAAAGAGAGGCAGACCAAGAAAGUACAGGCCCGAUGAAUCUGUGGAUCGUGUGUUUUUGCCAACACCUAUAUCAUCUGCAGCUCCUUCUGUCCCAAGCAAGUCCUAUGCGGAGGAGACAAGACCGCGUCUUGAGCAGCCAAUUAGUUCGGAGAAAAAGCAAAGAAAUAAAGUUGGAGCUGAAAAACUAGACAACUUGGUAAACUGUUUCACCGGUUCAAGUUUUUUGCCUCACGUGCUUACCGUCAACAGCGGUGAGGAUAUCACUACAAAGAUAAUGGAGUUCUCGCUGCAAGGACCACGCACUGUUUGUGUCUUGUCUAGCUAUGGAACAGUGUCAAGUGUAACACUUACGCAUCCAAAUUCUCCCGAAGGCACUUUGACUUAUGAGGGUCUAUUUGAAAUACUGUCCUUCAGUGGAUCCUUUUCUCCGGUGGAGACACCAAACUCCAAGUUUGAUCGAACCGGGAUGAUGAGAAUAAGUUUGGCCGGUGCUGAUGGCAGGGUUGUUGGUGGCCAAGUUGCCGGACUUACAGUUGCUGCGAGUCCGGUUCAUGUUGUCAUUGUAAGUUUUCUGCUGAGUCCACUCGACCUGAAACUGAAGAAGCCGAAGCUGCUGGAAAAUGCUCCCAGAAUUGAUGCAGAUGGUUCAAAUGGCAAACCUACAGUGAAUGUGCAAGCAAGGGCCGACGAAACUCAAGCCCCACCUGAGAAUGUCACUAAUUGGACUUCCAUGGAAAGAUCGAGGAAAUCUGCUGCAGACAUAAACAUCUCCUUGCAGGGAUAGCCUUAUGAUUUUUCGGAACAAAAACUGUGGCUGCUGGUGAUUGAUCGUCUUCGACUUUGAUGAUGGAGUAUUAAUAUUAUAUGUUUGAUCGUAACCACUAAUGCUUCCGGCCAUCCAUGGCAAUGGCGGAGCUACUAGAAUGAUAUAUUUCGCGAACUCCGGAUCUAAACUGGUUUGGUAUUAUAUGUGCUCUUAAUUUUCAAUUCUAAA